UCUCUCUCUCUCCUCCAGCAGCCGCCAGAUUUCUCUGCAACCUCCCGCUCUUUCAUCGUGGAUAUGGAGACUAAACGAGUCGCUGGGAUUAUCUCUCGGUUGGUCCUGCUUCUUUUCUGCUUGAACGGGACAACCGGAGAAGAAAUGUGUGACAGCCCGCUGUUGUCCAACCUACUGCCAUCGUCCUUUAGAAGCUCCUCUCAGCUGUCCAGCAGCCAUGCCCCAGGCUUCGCCAAACUCAACAGGAGAGAUGGAGCUGGAGGCUGGUCACCUCUAAUCUCAGACAGGUAUCAGUGGCUGGAAGUUGACCUGGGCGACCGCACCGAGAUCACCGCCGUUGCCACACAGGGCCGCUACGGCAGCUCUGAUUGGCUGACAUCCUACCUGCUGAUGUUCAGUGACACAGGACACAACUGGAAGCAGUACAGACAGGAGGACAGUACAGGGUCUUUUCCAGGUAACAGUAAUGCAGACAGUGUGGUUCAGUACAAGCUGCAGCAGACUGUGGUCGCUCGCUUCCUUCGCCUCAUUCCUCUAGACUGGAAUCCCAGCGGGCGAAUUGGACUGAGACUGGAGACAUAUGGAUGCCCUUACACUUCCAAUGUGGUAAGUUUUGAUGGCAGCAGUGGUCUGAUUUACCGGCUGAGUCCUGGGACGAGGUGGACAUCCAGAGAUGUUGUUACUCUGAAGUUUAAAACUCUGAGGAAUUCUGGGAUAUUACUGCAGGCAGAGGGGCAGGAAGGACACCAUCUUAGUCUGGUGUUAGAGCGAGGACAGCUACAACUACUGGUCAGACAAGAUAGGACUUCAUCCACUGAACCCCAGCUUUAUGCAUCCCUUGGCAGCCUGUUGGAUGAUCAGCAGUGGCAUUAUGUGGCAGUGGAGAGGAGAAGCUUCCAUCUUAACCUAACUGUGGAUAAACACACGGAGAGGGUUAGAAUCCCCACAGAGUUUAGCCACUGGGAUAUAAAACAGCUGAGUGUGGGGACACUUCGGGGUCUCAGUCCCCAGAUGCCAGUCGUCUCAAGGAGGAACUUCUAUGGUUGCCUUGAAAACCUGCUGUACAAUGGUCUCAACCUGAUAGACCUAGCUAAACAAAAUGAUCAAAAAGUCACUGUAGUGGGAAAUGUCACCUUUUCCUGUGCUGAGCCGGUUUCUGUUGCCGUAACGUUCCUUGGGCCCCAGAGUUUCCUCCAGCUGCCAGGGGCGAUGGCACCCUCCCCAGGGGUCUCGUCUGUCGGGUUUCAGUUCAGGACUUGGAACAAGGCUGGGCUUCUGCUCACCUUUAAUCUCCCUCUGCAAGGGGGUGUGGUCUGGUUAUACCUGAGUGAUGCCAGACUCCGCCUGCAGAUCCAUAAAGGUGGCAGAACGCUGCUGGAGCUUAGUGCAGGUUCUGCUCUCAAUGACGGUCAGUGGCAUUCAGUGGAACUUCACUCCAAACGAGGUCAUCUCGCCAUCUCUGUGGAUACAGAGGAUGGAGCUGGAGCUCACGCCAGCCCAUCGUUUCCCAUCACCAUAGAAAGUGACCUCUUCUUUGGUGGUUGUCCUGAUGAAGACGGCAGUCAGGAUUGCAGAAACCCCUUUCAUGUCUUCCAGGGAUGCAUGCGUUUACUGACUGUGGGCAAACAAAACAUGAACCUGAUCAUGGUGCAACAUAAGCAGCUGGGAAACUACAGCAACCUGCAGAUUGACAUGUGUGGGAUCAUAGACAGGUGUUCUCCCAGUCGCUGUGAACAUGGUGGCCUCUGCAGUCAGUCCUGGACCAUCUUCCACUGUAACUGCUCUGACAGCGGCUACAGCGGCGCCACCUGCCACAGCUCUGUGUAUGAACGGUCCUGUGAGGCGUACAAACACAAAGGCAACACAUCGGGAUAUUUCCACAUCGACGUGGACGGCAGCGGACCGAUCAAACCACAGCUGGUCUACUGCAACAUGACAGAACAGAACACAUGGAUGGUGAUCCAGCACAACAACACUGAGUUGACCAAAGUACGGUCAUCUCCUGGUGUUGACCAGCAUACAGUCCAAUUUGUCUACUCUUCAGAAGAAGAACAACUUGUGGCGGCGAUCAGUCAGUCAGAGCACUGCGAACAGGAGCUGUCUUACCACUGCAGGAAAUCCCGUCUUAACACACCAGAGGGCUCUCCGUUCAGCUGGUGGCUCGGUGGCUCUGGUCCCGGUCAUGUUCAGACUUACUGGGGAGGAGCUCAUCCAGGCAGCCAGCAGUGUGCCUGCAGCCAGCAGGGCAACUGUGUGGAUGCACAUCUCUACUGCAACUGUGAUGCCAACCGCAUGGAGUGGACUGAGGACUCAGGUCUGCUCACACAUAAGGAAAAUCUGCCAGUCAAAUUACUGGUCUUAGGGGAUGUCCAGAGGCCAGAGUCAGAGGCAGCCUACAGGGUGGGACCACUUCGUUGCCAUGGAGAUAGGAAUUUCUGGAAUGCUGCAUUUUUCGACAAGGAAACAUCGUACCUCCACUUUCCCACCCUCCAUGGGGAGUUGAGCGCAGACAUCUCCUUUUUGUUUAAAACCACAGCUUCCUCUGGUGUGUUCCUGGAAAACCUGGGCAUCAAAGACUUUAUCCGGAUUGAACUGAGCUCCUCUACUCAGGUAGUUUUCUCCUUCGACGUUGGUAAUGGCCCGUUGGAGGUUCGUGUUGAAUCAAAUGUCCCACUGAAUGACAACCGAUGGCAUCGCAUCAGAGCUGAGAGAAACAUCAAGGAGGCUUCGCUUCGAUUGGAUGAGCUGCCUGUUGCCACCCAGGAGGCUCCUGCUGACGGGCAUUUCCACCUGCAACUCAACAGCCAGCUGUUCAUAGGAGGCACAGCAUCCAGGCAGAAGGGUUUCCGUGGCUGCAUUCGCUCCCUGCAGCUGAACGGCAUCACCCUAGACCUGGAGGAGAGGGCGAAGAUCACGCCUGGGGUUCUCCCCGGCUGCAGGGGUCACUGCAGCAGCUAUGGAUCCCUCUGCCAGAACCAGGGUCGCUGUGUGGAAAAACCCAACAGCUUUCACUGUGACUGCAGCCUGUCAGCAUACACUGGAGUCUUCUGCCAAACAGAGGUGUCAGCCGGCUUCAAGUUGGGAACAUCCAUCAGCUACAGCUUCAGGGAGCCGUACGAGUUGAGCAGAAACAGCAGCGCUCUGCCCUCCUCCAUCUACUCUGACAUGACGCUGAGAGGAGAAAACAUCUCCCUGAGCUUCAGGACAACCCAGAGUCCGGUUCUGCUGCUCUACAUCAGCUCCUACUACAAAGAGUACCUAGCCCUGCUCAUCAAUAAGCAUGAUAAACUGGAGGUGAGAUACAAGCUGGACAGCAGCAGAGAUGCUGAAGUACUGAGGAGCAGCCCGAGGAGUCUGGCCAAUGGACAGCUGCACUCUGUUGCCAUCAGGAGACUGGCUCAUACUGUAACUGUGCAGGUUGACCAAAAUCCCACAGAAGAGUUCAACCUGACAUCUGAUGGAGAGUUUAAUGCCAUCAAGUCUCUGGUGUUGGGCAGAGUGCUCGAGCCCGAUGACUUGGAUCCACACCUGGCCAGGUUAGCAUCUCUCGGUUUUACUGGCUGUCUGUCAGUGGUUCAGUUCAACUCCAUCAGCCCCCUGAAAGCUGCUCUGCUCCACCCGGACACCAGCCCUGUGGUCAUCACUGGACCUUUACUUCAGUCCAACUGCGGUUCUGCUGCUUCAGCAAAUCCCUUCGCAGCUGAGAACACACACCGCCUGGCAGACCAGUCUGAUUCAGUGGGUUCAGGUCAACCUCUAGUCAAUGCCAUCAGGACUGACUCGGCUCUGAUUGGAGGUGUCAUAGCUGUUGUCAUCUUUGUGACUGUGACUGGCCUCGCCAUAGCCGCCAGAAUCAUUUACCGGAGGAAGGACACAUAUCGAAACCAGGAAGGGAAGGGAGCCAAACAGGAGGACAGUCCAGAUUUUCCUUUCAACAACCAAGCUGAUGCCCAGAAUCUCCCCAUUGAAAACUCAAAGGAAUAUUUCAUCUAACAGAUCGCCCGAUGACCCAAUGACUCUGGUGUUUCAGAGCUGAGAGUGUGGACUGGAAUAUACUGACACUCCUCAGGACUCUGCAGCACACUCUGAAACCACUCAGACACUUUUCUGGCAGAAGUGGCUCCACUGGAAGCAGAAGGCAAAGUGGAACAUUACACACAGGGUCAUGUCUGUUGCUUUUCUUGAAAUUGUGAGUAUACUGAUCCAAAAUAGGCAACAGUCAGACUUCAAAGUGAUAAUACACAUUUCAGAAACUGUGAAUAUACGAAACUGUAAAUGUUGGGUUAAUGUCUUUGCAGCAAUCUUUGGCUAGUGUGACUUUGUCAUCUUGAAAAUGUUUGACGUUAUGAAGGUAUCCGUAUUCUUAUUGUGCACGGGCAGGGACAAUGUGAAGCCCUACCUUCUGGUGGUCACAUGCUGAGAGAUGUUUUUCACGCAUAUGGCUAUUUUAUCUGUUUUUUAUCAUUAACUUUUGAGGUUCGUCUUUGUUGUUUUUAAUUUCUCUCACACACCCCUUACAGUUAAUUCCCAUGUACAGAAAGAAGAUAGUUUCUUCCACCAUAAGACAAAACAAUAGCAAAAUUCAGAGCUUAAAUUUACUAAGCUUUAAAGUUCUUGUGGGUAUUGUUGAUUAUCAUUGUAUCCCAUGACAAUUUGACAAUGAACAAUCCUUUUUAAAAGAGCCUUGUUGUGAGUUUGUGCUCAUUGUUUUGGUGUGAAACCCACAACUUUAUUGUUUUGCACACUCCCCACUUUUACACCAGUGUUUUCAGCACCAAGAGGCACUUUUGUUCAAACAGCUCACUGAGCAGCUCUAAUGGCAGACUGUAUUGGCAUCUUGUUGGUGUGCUGAGUGGAGCAUUAGGCAGCCUAGUAGCCAGAUAUUUCCCUCAGGAGCUGCUAGAAACCAAAACCACUUCUAAACAAGGGGAAAUAUUACUUUUACAGCUCCAAGUGAAUGACAAUGCCACACCAUAAACUGCUGGAUGUGUAAAUAAGAUUUACACGUUUUACUACAGUUCUGGUUGAUAGGAAAUGCUCCUCAACAAAAAAAGGUCUGGUAAAUCUUUGCAGGAAGCAAAGAAUCGUAAUCCUCAGAUGGAUUUGACUCUGGCACUAACUCUGAAAACUGUAGACUGAAUACUUUAAGAUGCAAUAAUGUAGAUUAUAAAUAUAGUAUCAAAACCGUUAUAUAAUCUUGAGGUUUAUCUCUUUCAAAGCAACGCUUGUUGCUUGACAAUAUGAAUAAGCACAGCUUGUAAACCUUGCCCCUGUCUGCUUCUUUACAAGACUGCUACAUAACUUUGACUGUUUGACAUCAUUUGUUUGUAAGUUGCCAGGUUCUGCUUUAAGAACAUUAAUAUACAUCUAAUGGCAAAUCACAGGCACAGUAAAGUCAUUUUUAAUGCAUUCAAGGACAAUAGACUUUUAAAUUUAGCAUAAAGCUAAUAAAGAUUAAUAUUUUAGAGAGCCACACUGCAACAUUUUCUUAUUUCUGCUCCUUUUUAUCCAAAUGUUUGAAAUUUGUCCUG